GUUUAUACAAUGCUUCGCAACAUAGUUAUAGCGAAAAUGACAAUCAUUGUUGGAGUGACAUUGCUUUUGAUAUCGCUGAGUGCUUCUAGUACUUCCAGGAAGCUGCGGUGCCAACCGAAACUCAUAGCCCGACGUCUUGGAUAUGAACCAAACGCCUGGAAGUUAAUUGUCGACAUGCACCCGAGGUACCACUUGAUGUUCCACUCUGAUGGACAACUCCCAGGCAUCUAUAAAUGUCUGAGUACUUCGAAGUCGAAGCCUGACCCGAGUCGUAAGUGGGAACGGUCUAUAGAAUAUCACAGUUCCCCUAAUGUCUCCUACACAUACCGUGGAUCAUACAAAGCAUGGACAACAAAAACAGAAGAAAAUUAUGUGUAUGAUGACACAUUGAAUGUGUCAUACUAUCGCGAAACAUCUGUGAAAUAUGACUUCGAACGAUUCUUCAGUGCCAACGACGUUAUCUACUCGCGCCCUAAGCUCUGCUUGGUUAUGACGUCAAAUGAGCUUGGUCUUCAGGUGUGGGUUGACACGGAUUAUAUAAAACAAUAUCGCAGGAUACCAUAUGCCUGCACUUUCUUCUAUGAGGCUUGCGCUGUACAAACAACGAAGAUAUGGGUGUACGAUUGGGAUCACUGUCCAUUAACAACUCACCUGGUAUAAGAAAAAAAUAAGCAUGAAAGGCCUGGCACGAUUUUGACCCUUUUGCGCUGAAUGUCAUAUAUCAAUAAAAACGCUG